CUAAAAACUGUAAAAACAAAAACAAAAAAAAACUAUUGUAGUCAUGACGGGGAAGAAGCUAAAUCUAGCUUACAUUUCCAAUGACUCAGUGAGGAAAAGAACACUAAAUAAAAGGAAGAAAGGACUUCUGAAGAAACUUGAUGAGCUCAAGAUUCUCUGUGAUGUUGAUAUGUGUGCGGUCAUCUACAGUCCAUACAACUCAACACCAGAGGUAUGGCCAUCAAACUCGGAGGUGCAUAAAGUGAUGGAGAAGUUCGAGAAGGUACCAGAGGAGGAGCGGACAAAGAGAUUGGUUAACCACGAAGAGUAUCUCAUUCAGGCAAUCACAAAAGUCAAAAGUAAGAUUCAAAGAUUAACUGAAGAUAAUAAUGACAAACUUAUGAAAGAGCUCAUGUUCGCUCGUCUUAAUGAGGACAUGGGAGAUUUGGCUAUAGAUGAUAGUAAUCGUGGUAUCUUGUGUGAGUUUAUUGAUGGAUAUCUCAGGAAAGUUUAUCAUCAUAGAAACGUAGCUCUAAAAGAUCUGCAUCUUGAAACCGGUGAAUCUUCUUCAAUGGCUAUGGCCAUGGACAUGCCACCAAUCGCUAUGGCUGAAGCGGGCUCUUCCUCUUUCUUCAACUCUCCUCAACAAACCAACGAGUUUCAGCCGCUAGUCACUUUAAACUAUGGACCAGAACAUAUUAGUUCUCAUGGAAGUCAGUCUCUGAAUGUUCCAACCUUCAACUUUUCUCAACAAACCAAUGAAGUGCAGCCUACAAUCUCUUCAAACCAGGGGGUAGAACAUGUUCAUUAUCUUGGAAAAAACUUUAUGAGUGCACCAAUCUUCAAUUCUCCUCGACUAACCAAUGAGUUGCAACCUCUGGUCACUUCAAACCAGGGACUAGAACAUAAUAGUUCUCAUGGAAGCCAGUUUCUGAAUGUCCCAACCUUCAAAUUUUCUCAACAAACUAAUGAAGUGCAGCCUACAAUCUCUUCAAACCAGGGGCUAGAACAUGUUUAUUCUCUAGGAAACAACUUUAUGAAUGCACCAAUUUUCAAUCCUCCUCAACAGACCAACGAGAUCCAGCAGCCCAUAAUCUCUUCGAACCAGGAAGCUAACCAUGUUGAGUCUCUCGCAAGUGAUCUAUUCCCAUUUAGCAACCAUGGAGUUAAUACUCAAGUUAUGAAUCAGGAUGAAGUUCACUAUCCACUAAAUCAACAAGAUUGGCACGAUGAGGAGAUGAUGAAACAUUCUCAGCAAGCAUGUUUUCCUUGGAUGGAAGAAAAUAACCAUUACAAUCACCACCAGCUCUAAACCAUCUUCAUUGAUCCGGUGGACGUAAAAGACAGCAAUAUUUCUAUGUUAUUUUUUUACCAGUCUUUGAUUUGAUAUGUCUUAUCCUUUUUGUUUGUCAGCUUUGAAUUUUCUAAUUUAUGUUUUAUCUAUCAUGUCAGAAAUGUUAAGUGGUAAAAUAUGAGUUCAGAGUGAGACUCUAAAGAGUCAUUUGUGUUGUUUA